AUGUCAGCAUCAGGAUCACGUGGUCGAGGUCGUGGUAAACGAGUUAAUCGAGUAGAUAUAGGCCCACCAGAACCCUAUAGGUCUCAAUCAAUAGCUAUAAUACCUGAGAAAUUCCAUCAAGGAAAUAAAGAAAAUCGUAUGAUGAAUCGUCCACCAUCAUCAUCAUCAACAACAACAUCAUCCGGACGAAAACCUUCUACUGAUCAUUGUAAAUCUACAUCUCGUUCUUCAACAAAUCGAGCUAAAUCUACACAUUCACACAGAAAUUCUAUUCGUUCAGCAGUACCCGAUACAUCCAUAAUAUCGAUAGCACAACGACCAGAUCAAGGUGGAACAGCUGGUCAAAAACUAAGAUUAUAUACAAAUCAUUUUAAAUGUAAUAUUCCUCAAAUAUUAAAAUGUCAUCAAUAUGAUAUUGAGUUAGAAGCAGCUAAUCGAGAUAAUACAUGGCGUCCAGCAAAAAAAGAUGAUCGCUUUCUUAUAUUAAGAAAAAUAAUUGAACGUGAACAUUUUCCAUUAGUUUGGUAUGAUGAAGGAAAAAGUCUUUAUUCAAUUGAAUUACUUGUUGAUUUAAAAGAUCAAUAUGAAAUAAUUAUAAAAGAUAAAAAAAGUGAUAGAGAACAAAAAUAUCGUUUAUUAAUAAUUAAUCUUGUUAAAUCAUAUGAUAUACAGGUUCUUUGGGAUUUUAUUGAAAAUAAAAUAGCUAUUCGUCCAAGAGAUCCUAUAAGAAUAUUAGAAACACUUCUUAAACAAACCACUCGUGCAACAAUGGUUUGUGUUAAAAAUCAAUUUUAUGAUAGACGACAAGACUUAGAUGAUUUAGGUGAUGGUCGAGGUUUAGCUCAUGGAUUUUAUCAAGCAAUGUUUUUAACAAAAAUUGGUGCAACAUUAAAUAUUAAUUCUACAUUUACAUGUUUUUAUCAACCAUUCAAUUUAGUUGAUUUUCUAUGUGAAUAUCUUCAACAUAAUAUAAUUCGAGAUGGUAUUGAUGAACGUGAACAACAAUUAUUAUUACGAAAAGUACUUAAACCUAUAUGGCUUGAAACUCAUCAUACAGAAAGUGUAAGAAAAUAUCGUAUACGUGGUUUUGGUGCAUCAGCACGACAACAUACAUUUCCACGUAUUGUUGAUGGUACUAAUGAAGAUAAUCAAGAACGACAAUCAGUUUAUGAAUAUUUCUUAGAAAAAUAUCAAAUUACUUUAAAAUAUCCAAAUUUACCAACCGUUGAAUUAUAUACACCACCAAAUAAAACACAAUUUCAUUAUUUACCAAUGGAAUGUUGUACAAUUCAAGCCUGGCAACGUUCAAUAAAACCUUUAACAACAGAUCAACGUGCACGUGUAACAAAAAAAACUGUUGUCAAUCCAACACAACGAUAUCAAUCAAUAAUGGAUAUAAUUCAAAUAAGAAAUUUUAAUCAAGAUAAAUAUUUAAAUGAAAUUGGUAUGAGUAUUGAUGAUCAACAAAUGCUUACUGUACCAGCAAGAUUUAUUCCACCACCAGAAAUUAAAUAUAAAAGUGGACGAGAUGGACAAAGUGAUAUUGUUGAAAGAAUUAAUAUUGGAAAAUGGAAUUUGAGAAAUCGAUUUCAAAAAACGAGAACUAUUGAUCGAUGGGCAUGUGUUUUGAUUUCAUCACAAAAACCAAAUCCUAAUCAAUUAUCAAUUGCAAAACAAUUUAUUGAUCAAUUUCCUUAUAUAAUUAAACAAUAUGGAAUAUGUUUUCAAACAAAUCCAAUAAUGUUUAGUGAUCCAGCUAAUCCACAAGUUAUACAUGAUCGUUUAAGAGAAUUAAAAGAAAAAAAUUGUGAAGUUGUUUUAAUUAUUCUUAAUGGUGUAGGAGAAGAUAUUUAUAAAUCAAUUAAAUAUUCUGGAAAUCAAAAACUUGGAAUUGUUACACAAUGUACUGAUUUUGUUGCUAUUGCAAAAAAUAUUAGAAAUAAAAAACUCGAUAUGUAUUUACAAAAUCUUGUACAAAAAUUUAAUGCUAAACUUGGUGGUGUAAAUGGAAUGGUGUCUUUAGCUCGAGCAUUAACAUCAUCAUCAACAAAAGAUGAUAUAUU